AUGUUGGAGGAAUACGUCACUGUGGUCACGUGACUCAAGAAACGCGCGGGUAAUGCAAAGGCGCUCAUACAACCAACACAACAGUACAACCCGCCAAACCGUCCGCUCUUCUCUCCACAACAAUGCCCGCCACUUCAGAGAUACACACCGGAGAAGGCUGUCCAAUGCCGGAGCAGAAGAAGAAGAAGAGCUCCGGUGUUUUGUGUGAUGAGCGAGGUUACGUGGACCUGGUGGAGUUCAUCCUGCAGCACGGCCGAAUGAAGGGAGACAGAACCGGGACAGGAAUCAUUUCCCUGUUCGGUGCUCAGGUCAGAUACAGCCUCAGAGAUCAGUUUCCCUUGCUGACGACCAAGAAAGUGUUCUGGAAAGGUGUCCUUGAAGAAUUGCUGUGGUUUGUUAAGGGAUCAACAAACGCCAAGGAGCUCUCAGCGAAAGGGGUGAAGAUUUGGGACGCCAAUGGGUCCCGGAACUUCCUGGACAACCUGGGCUUCACAGAUCGAGAGGAAGGCGACCUGGGACCCGUGUAUGGUUUCCAGUGGAGGCACUUUGGGGCCGAGUACACAAACAUGCACGCAGCAGAUUACACAGGACAAGGUGUUGACCAGCUGCAGAAGAUCAUUGACACCAUCAAUACGAAUCCAGAGGACAGACGGAUCAUCAUGUGUGCUUGGAACUCCAAAGACCUGCCCCUCAUGGCUCUGCCACCCUGCCACACCCUGUGUCAGUUCUACGUGUGCGACGGCGAGCUGUCGUGUCAGCUCUACCAGCGCUCUGGUGAUAUGGGUCUCGGGGUGCCUUUCAAUAUCGCCAGCUAUGCACUUCUCACCUACAUGAUCGCACACAUCACAGGACUCACGCCUGGCGACUUUGUUCACACACUGGGAGACGCUCACGUCUACGUCAACCACAUAGAACCGCUAAAAAUUCAGCUGGACAGGGAGAUCCGGCCCUUCCCAAAGCUGAAGAUCCUGAGGAAAGUGGAGAGCAUCGAUGAUUUCCGUGCAGAGGACUUUGAGAUCUGCGAUUACAACCCUCAUCCCUCCAUUAAGAUGCAGAUGGCUGUGUAAAAAUACAAAUUUAAUGGUGAUGGGGGAUCAAUAUGCUGGUGUGGAAAGUGCCUUAGAAAAUCUUCAAAUUGCUUUAGAUUUACUUUAUAGUAUGUCAUUCACUUCCAUUUUUAGAAAGACUAUAUUUUAAAAGUUCAGUUCUCCCAAAUCACAAAAAAAGAGGAUUAAGUGGGUUCAUUUUUUCUUAUUUUUGUGAACUGAUACUUUAAAGGAGCAAUAUUUAACACUGCCAGCUAAAGUUUAAAAUGGGUAUCAGCAUUUCGUAAAUAAAUAAUUUAUAUUUGUGUCA